CAGGGUGGGGUGGAGGAGGCGGGGCCGACAGGCCCGGGACACUGGCCUCUGGGCCUAGGCUCAGUGAGGACUUUGGACCCACUGGGUAGACAGAAUGGAGGGAGAGUGGGAGUGGACGAUGGGGCCCCGAGCCCUGACGUUCCUGAGCAGGGGCUGCUCAGGUGACCAGAAGUCAGCAGUUUCCCAGAAGCCCCGGAGUCGGGGCAUCCUCCACUCGCUCUUCUGCUGUGUCUGCCGAGAUGAUGGGGAGGCCCUGCCCGCCCACAGUGGGGCUCCCCUGCUGGUGGAGGAAAAUGGCGCCAUCCCCAAGCAGACCCCAGUCCAGUACCUGCUUCCCGAGGCCAAGGCCCAGGACUCGGACAAGAUCUGCGUGGUCAUCGACCUGGACGAGACCCUGGUGCACAGCUCCUUCAAGCCAGUGAACAACGCUGAUUUUAUCAUCCCAGUGGAGAUCGAUGGAGUGGUUCACCAGGUCUAUGUGUUGAAGCGGCCCCACGUAGAUGAGUUCCUACAGCGAAUGGGCGAGCUCUUUGAGUGUGUGCUGUUCACUGCCAGCCUUGCCAAGUAUGCAGACCCUGUCGCUGAUCUGCUGGACAAGUGGGGAGCCUUCCGUGCCCGGCUGUUUCGAGAAUCGUGUGUCUUCCAUCGGGGGAAUUACGUAAAGGACCUGAGCAGGCUGGGCCGAGACCUGCGGAGGGUGCUCAUUUUAGACAACUCCCCCGCCUCCUACGUCUUCCAUCCAGACAAUGCCGUACCAGUGGCCUCGUGGUUUGACAACAUGAGCGACACUGAGCUACACGAUCUCCUGCCCUUCUUCGAGCAACUCAGCCGCGUGGAUGACGUCUACUCAGUCCUCAGGCAGCCUAGGCCCGGGAGCUAGUGAGGUGUCUUGGGGCCAGGAGCUGCCCCUCACCAAGGCCCACGCCUCCUCCCAGUGGACUGCGGGCACCCGCCUGUGCUGUUAAACAAAACUCACAGGCUACGCCACACUCGUGGCCCUGGGGGAGAGGGCGUCUCCUCUGCCUCUGCCGUGCUGCAUGGAGGACAGUGAGCCCUUGGGCCCCUGAGUCAGUGCCUUCGACCUUCUCCCCCUCUUCUCAGGGGACCUGGGAGGGGGGCCCUGCCUGCUGCUCUCCCCUUCAGUCUCCUCUUCUCCACGAUGCCAUGUUUCUCUGCUGCCAAAUUGGGCCUCUCAGCCCCAGGUGUGCUUUGGGGGGUAGGGGCAGGGUUUUUGCUGCCCCGUGCCUUGGAUACCAAGUGCCUUGCAUACAACCAACCCUCUUUGCUGAUCAGCUUUUCCCAGAUCUAGGCUGACCUGAGGGGAACCUGCCUCUCCCCUACCCCUCCUCGCUCCUGGGUCGAUGGUGCCCCACUAGUUUCUACGUGGGAGGGAGAGGAAGAAAGUCUAUUACCACUUGUAAAAGAGCUGGGGAACCUUCCUUAGGGCACACCCCCAGUCCGGCUUGUCCAAGGCUGAUGGCUGCUCCCUGUAUCAUUUAAACCCCAAAUCACCCCCAAAGCCCUGGGGCUUGGCAGGACUCCCCCCCCUCCCCCCCAUGGAGCCGUAUAAAUAUGUACAUGUGUAUAUAGAUUUUUUAAGGGAAGGAGAGAGAAAAGGGUGGGAGUAAACACUCCUCCCUCUCCCCUUCCCUGGGCCCAGAAAUUGGGGGGAUGGGGGAGGGAAAGGAUUUUUACAUUUUUAAAACUAUUUUCUGAAUGGAACAAGCUGGGCUGAGGGGUCAGGCCCGGCCUUCUGUCUGUCUCAGCCCUUUUACUAUUCGUUCAAAAAACAUUUAUUGAGUAUCUUCUGUGCCCAGCAGUGAGCUAGUCCCACCAAGCUGAGUGGGAGGGGGUUCUCUGCCUCAUCCCUGGUGCCUCACCUCCGGAAACCCCAGUCUUCACCAGUGCCUUCGCCUGAGUAUCUUCAGGAGGUGGGGUUCGGGAGGUCUCCAAACCUUACUAAGCAGGCCCACUCCCCCGUGCCAACUCCCCCAACCCCCUCCACUUCCCCCCUGCAGCCUGCUGGCUGGGGGCAGCUCCCAGGUCACUCUGUCAACUCUGACUUCUUUUUCUCAAGCCCUUCCCCAUACUUGCUGAGUCUGGAGUUCAAGCCUUCGGGCUCUCCCCAGAAUAUGAGGGUGAAGUGGACCCGCAAACAAGUGCCAAGGGAGUUGGUGAAGGGAGAGAGGAAAUGGGUGGCCUGGAUCCGAUGACCUUCCCGAUUAAGUGCCUUCUCUGUGACCCAGCACCUCGGUGUGAUCAGAACUAAAGAGAAAUGCUAGACCCCCUCCUA